UCAGUAAGUGAGGUCAGGUUUGAAUGAGCUGUGCUGACUUUUAUUUUAUAUCAAAUUUUGUAAGCAAAUGUAAGCUACCAAGAAAGUUGCUGCAGGGUCAAAUAUCAAAGAGUAGAAGACGCCUCAUAUGCAGGCAUCAAUAUCAAUAUUGCAAUAUUGUAUCUUUAUGCAACUUGCAAGAUGCACUAACAGCAUAUCUGUUGAAACUUCAGAAGGUUCCCCAAAAUGCACAUAAGCACAUUCACAUAAAUGAUAAAUCAUAUUGAAUUCAAAUUAGAUGUAAUAAUUUUGUUUCUUCUUAAACAAGAAAAAAUGGUUUCAAUACUAAAGCAGGAAGCCCCUUGGAAAAUUCCCUGUUGAGGUCAACAAAAACCUCUCUCUCUCUCUCUCUCACACACACACAAUUGACUCUGCAUGCUCCAUGCAUGCUUUUAGACAUAGCAACUAGUACGCUUGAAAAAUGUAACAGUUUUUAAAAAUAAUUGACAUAAUUGUAAGUUAAUAUGAAAAUAUGAAAAAAGAAUUAUGUGCGGUUCCUUUAAAUAGGAACUCAUUCUUCCGUCUCAUUAUCUCAAGGUUUUUUUUAUUGGAUCUGUUCUAAGUAUGUUUGUAAGCCUAGAGAAAUCUGCUAACUUUGUAUUAAAGUAUAGACAGGACUUUAUAUUCACAAAAAAACGAGUUCGACACUGAUGUGCAUACUAUUCUGGAAGUGACGUGUCUCUCGAAGCCUAUAGAUAAGUGGUCACAUAUCAUUCAUAUAUCAGCCAAAAAAAAAAGGUUGAGCAAGUCAAAACAAAGAAAGGUUUGGCUUAUUAAUACACAUACACAAUGCAAAAUCUUGGUCACAACUACAUCUAUAAUAAUUAUCUUUAGGUAUUGCUAGACAGUAGACAUACAUUCCUCUAAUGGGAAGAAGUUGUUCUUCCAUAUCACUCUUCCUUGCCUUGAAGUUAUUACUACUACUAGUAGCAUGGUCAUCAAAAAGGGGACACUGCUUAACUACCCCACGACCAAGGACCACUAAUAAGAGCAUAGGUGCAGUGCUUGAUCUGGAUUCACUAAUGGGUAAGCAGCAGAAGAUAGCCAUGAAAAUUGCCAUCAGAGAUUUCAACAGAUUCAGUAGAACUAAACUCCAGUUGGAGGUGGGAAAUUCCCGCGGGAAUUCGGCUCAAACAGUUGUUAACGCCAUGGAUCUUGCACAGAAGAAGCAGUUGCUAGCCAUCAUAGGAACAAUAACACACAGCGAAGCAUAUUUGGCAACUGAAAUUAAUAACGCCACAAAAAACACCCCUAUAUUAUCUCUAUCUUCGUUUGCACCCAUCACAGAGUUACCCUCUUCUCCAUUGCCACAACUAAUCCAACUCGGAGAUGAUAUCAACAUUCAGAUGCAAUGCCUUGCAGCCAUUGUAGGACACUUCAAGUGGAAAAAAGUGACAACAAUAUAUGAAGUUAAUAGUGGGUUUUCUUAUGAUCCAGGGGUACUAAUUUCCCUCUCCAAUUCUCUUCGCCAUGUUGGAUCUGAGAUCGUUAACCAGUUAGCAUUGCCUUCCUUGUCUUUGCAAUCUAGAAUCGAAAAUGAGCUUAACCAACUCAAGAAGAAGAGUAACAGGGUCUUCUUGAUUGUGCACUCUUCUUUAGAGUUGGCUAGCGUGCUUUGCAAGAAAGCAAAACAAAUGGGUUUGAUGGAGAAAGGAUAUGUAUGGAUCAUCCCGAACGAGGUUGCUGCCCUUCUUGAUUCGGUUAACUCUUCAGUUAUCUCUACCAUGCAAGGUGUUAUUGGAUUCAAAACACAUUUUUUGGAAAGUACCAAACCAUAUACAAAGUUCGGGUUCAGAUUUCGAACAAGGUUUGCACUAGAGUACCCUGAAGAAGAAGAGAACAAUACUCCAAGUGUUUUCGCACUUCGAGCUUAUGAUGCAGCUUUUGCUAUUGCUAAUGCUAAGGUUACAAACAAGUCACAAGGAAAGUUCAACAUGAAAGAAUUCCUUGAUGAAAAUUUACAUCAAUCUUCAACCUUCACCAUAAUUAAUGUGAUAGGAAAAAGCUAUAGAGAAAUGGCAUUUUGGUCUCCAACACAUGGUUUUUCCAAGAACUUUGUUGAACAUGAGAAAAUGGAGGUAAAUAAAUUUAACGGUUAUGAUGGAGUUGUUUUGAGUAAUAUUUAUUGGCCUGGAGAUUUACACUCAGUUCCAAGGGGAUGGACAAAUAGUAAUGAGGAAAUGCCACUUAAAAUAGGAGUACCUGCAAAUGAUGCUUUUGCUCAGUUUGUGAAUGUCACCUAUGGUGACAGCAAGCAUGCAACUUCCAUAACUGGUUUUUCAAUCAAUGUCUUCAAAGCAGCUAUUAAGAAUCUUCCAUAUCACUUGCACUAUGAUUUUGUUCCCUUCAAUGGCUCCUAUGAUGAAAUGGUUAAUCAAGUUAACAAUAAGACAUUAGAUGCUGCAGUUGGAGAUAUAUCAAUAUUGGCAUAUAGAUAUCAUUUAGUUGAGUUCUCACAACCAUAUGUUGACUCUGGACUUAACAUGGUGGUCGUUGAGAAGCCAAAUAAAUCAAAACAAACAUGGAUGUUUAUGGAUGCAUUCACAAAAGAGAUGUGGUUGAUGAUGGCAGCAGUGCACGUUUUGGUUGGAUUUGUCAUUUGGUUGAUUGAACGCGAAGAAAAUGAAGAACUACAAGGUCUGGGGGCGAUGCUUUGGUUUUUAGUCACCGUAAUAUUCCUUGCACAUAGAGAACCAAUAAGAAGACCAUUGGCUCGAACCGUGUUGGCACCAUGGUUAUUUGUUAUCCUAAUUGUAACCAGUAGCUUCACAGCGAGUCUAACAUCGAUGAUGACUGUAUCGCAACUCGAACCAUCAGUGGUUGAUAUUCAGACCCUUCAGAAGAGAAAUGCUCCAGUUGGUUGUGAUGAGAAUUCAUUUAUUGUGAGGUAUUUGAUUGACAUACUAAAAUUCAAACCUGAGAACAUUAGAAGAAUAAAUUCCAUUAAUGGUUACCCUGCAGCAUUUAAGAAUAAUGAGAUUGAAGCAGCUUUCUUUGUCGCCCCUCAUGCCAAAGUCUUUCUCGCAAAGUACUCAUGUGAAGGCUUCGUCCAAGCAGGGAGCACCUUUAGGCUUGGUGGCUUUGGUUUUGUGUUUCAAAGGGGCUCCUCUUUGGCUAGGGAUAUAUCCGAGGCAUUGCUAAGUGUUAUAGAAAAUGGAGAAACAGAGCAACUUGAAAAGGAUAUGCUGUCCAAUUCACAUUGCUCUCUUUCAGAUAAAAAAGCAAAAGAAAGUUCACCAUUAGGUUAUCAGCCUUUCCUUGGCCUAUUUUGCAUUUGUGGCAGUAUUGCUAUUUUGGCACUAUUGUAUAUCAUGCUUUGUUUAACUUUAAAGAAUGUUGAGAACUUGGUAAAAUACAUGAGAGGUGCAUUGACUCAGUUAUGGAGAAUAAGGAGAUGGAUAACAACACAUUGUGUUGGGAUCUAUUCUAAAGUACAGUCAAGGAGCAUGAGAGGGGUUAAUGUUGCCAUAGAAGCAAGAAAUUCAGCGGAAAUAGUCAUUGAUAGUGAGCAAGUCCCUCGUGUAGUUGAAGUUGUUUGAUGUAGUAUCACUAAAAUAGUAGUGGUUGCUUGUGCACUAAUUUUUAUUCACUAUUUACUUAUGUGUGAAAGAGUUUUAUAUUGUUAGUGAAUCAAAUACUUUUAUUUUUGACAUUUGUUAAACUGGUGGGGUAGUUUAUAAGAUCUUUUUUCGAU